CUCUGGUCCCAGCUGUGGUCGUGAUUGGAAUAUUUCUUCUGAUAACAGCAAUAACCCUGGUUAUAACUGUGGCCGUAUCCGUAGUAUGUCUCCUGAAAAUAAUAGUAGUAAUAGCUUUGGUCGUGGCCGUGACAUGUCUCCUAAGAAUAAGGAUAGCAAUAG